AUGUUUGAUAAAAGCGAAAAAUUCCCUGAAGGAUGGUUCUUCAUCAAGAAUCACAGUAAUGGCUAUGUAUUAAUGGUCGACAAUGAAUCACAGGAAACUGGUAUCCCUAUUGUUCUUUCAACUUUACGUACAAAAGACUACAGCGCCCAACUCUGGCGCUAUGAUCAUAAUGGUUAUCUUGUCAACAAGAAAUCUGGUCAAGUGAUGGAUGUUGCAAAAGGUACAGCAAAAGCUGGCGUCGACAUUGUACAACAAGUUCAAUCGACUAGUGUAAAGGAAGAAAACAACUUCCAAAAGUUUGGCCUCUCUCCAUAUGGCCAUAUUUAUUUGGUCAACAAACCCUCUUUGAUCCUUGGUAUCAAAGAAUCAUUUUUCUCUCGCCGUGAAGGUCUCCAUGUUCAUCUUCAAUUGAUCGAUAAACGUCAUCUUGACCGCAAAGAACAACGCUGGGACUUUGUACUACCUGUCGUUAAGGAAGUUCACGAACCUCUCAAGAGAAGUGCUAGCUCCAAGAGCACUACCUCCACAAAUGUCAAGGUUCCUGCUGUUACUCAAAUUAAGGAGGAUGAUGUUCGUUCUGUUCAUUCUGCCGCCGAGUCUACUGCAAGCAUUGACCAAAACGAAGCUAAUACAGUUCCUACAGGGUCUUUCCCCGAUACUGCAUUCUUCUUGAAAUCUGAUGCUGCUGGUCUCUAUAUCAGCAUUGAGAAUGCAAGCUCUAUUUCCUCUGGAACUCAACUUACACUCGAACUUCUUCGUAAGAGAAACUAUGAAAGUCAACUCUGGACAUACGACGCUUCUUCCCAUCGUAUUGUCAACAAGUUUAAUGGUCUUGUACUUGGCAUUGCUUACAACCAUAUCAAGGAUGGUGCCGAUAUCAUUCAGACCACUUUAUCAGCCUCUAACGAUAAGACACAAGCUUGGACUUUGUCUACUGAAGGUGAGAUUACUUUGAAGCAUGAUCCCAGCUUUGUUAUUGGGUUCAAGGAAAGUUGGUUUGGUAGUCGCGAGGGUGCUCAUCUUCAUCUCCAGAAGAAGUCUAAGCAUAUCAAUCAAAAAUUCACUGUUGUUUUGCCAGUCUUCAAAAAGAGCACAGAAACUACUGUCAAAACUGAAACUCGUGGUGUUUUCCCUGAAGGAUGGUUCUUUGUUAAGAGUCAAGCGCGUGGUUUGGUCUUGACUGUUCUUGAGACUGGUGUGAUUGCUGCUGAAGUUGCUGCCUCUAAGCUUGACAAGUCUAAUUAUUCUCGUCAACUUUGGAAAUAUGAUUCUGGCUUCAUUGUCAACAAAGCAUCAGAAAUGGUCCUUGAUGUUCGAGGUGGUGCUCUCAAAUCUGGUGCUGGUAUCUGUCAAUAUACUCGCAAAGAAAAGGACAACGAAAACCAACAGUGGGCCUUAACUCCCGAUGGUGCUAUCUAUCUUCAAGUGAAUAAAGGCCUUGUUUUGACUGUCAAGGAGAAUGAAGCUGUUCGCUCCAAGUUGUACUUGUCAGAACGAAAGUCUGGACACAAGGAGCAAUGCUGGAACUUUGUACUCCCUGUUUUCAGAAAGAAGACUACUACGGUUACAAAAACCACUUUCCGAUAUGCUACUUAUCCCUCUGACUGGUUCUUCAUCCGAUCUUACCAUCAAAACUCCACUACUGAGUCUCCUUUGGUCUUAACUGCACAUGAAAAGUCUAUCGAAUUGAGAUUAUUGGACAAGGAAAACUGGCAUUAUCAACUCUGGACUUUUUCUUCUGGCAAAUUAAUUAAUUAUGCUACGGAUCUUGUGAUUGAUGUUAGCGCAUUUACUGCAGGCGCAGAGUUGAUUCAAAGUAAAGCUUCUAGUCAAAAGUGGUACAUGACUACUGAUGGCUAUCUCUUUUACGGAUCUUCUGACUCUAGACUUGCUCUUUCAAUCGAGACUCAAGAGCAAAACAAGUAUCGCCUCACGCUUUCCGACCACAAAUUCUCUCAAGAAUUCCGCUGGGGCUUUUUGAUUCCCAAGUUUGUUUAUCGCUCUGGUAUUCAAGUCCUCACUCAUUGGUCCGUCGCAGUUCUUAAAGAGUGGCGUGUUACUACUACCACUACUAAGAAGAUCACUCAUCAUCCCAUCGCUGAAUGGCCUCAAGGUGAAUUCUAUAUUCGUGGCCCCGACGACCAUGCUUUGACUCCUGAAAAGUCUGAAUUAGGAUCAAGACUCAUUAUGAAAAAAUUAGAAAUUGACCAAAGCAGCAUUUUCAAAUGGACUUUCCGCAAUGGUUAUCUUGUGCACUGUGCAACGGGUUUGGUUAUGCGCGCUCAAGAUGCUUUUGCUGAAGGAAAAGGUCUUGUAUUAAGCUCAGAAUCAAAAGACGACAUUCACCAACUUUGGACUUUAAGAACUGAUGGAUCAAUUAUUUCUAAAAAGAAUGAGCAAUUCGGUCUUGGGCUUGUCGAAGUCGAUGGAGUUUGGACUAUUUGUAUUACUACAACUACUUAUUAUUCCUGGAGAAUUCUUUACGGAAGAUAUGAAACUCGUUAUUCUGAAAAGGACAAGAGAGAGAUUUCAUAUCUUGUUGGUUUCAGAAGAGUUGUCUUGACUACAUGGACUCUCCAUAAGCACAACAAUGUAGAGCGCAAGUUAGUUACUCACUCAUAUGGCGUCUUCCCUCAAGGCUGGGUGUUUAUUCGCUCAAAGUGCGACGACAAUCUUUUUGUUACUGUCUCUGACAAGAAGAAGGGUGCUAAAUUAAUUUUAGCAAAGUUAGACUUCAAGAACUUUAAGCGCCAAUUGUGGCGAUACCGCGAAGAUGGAUGUAUUACCAACUUUGAUACUGAUUAUGUCAUCGACGUAGCUGGUGGUAGACUCUUCUCCAAUGCCAAUAUCAUUCAAUGGAGUCCCAAGUUCUUACGUUCAAGCCGUAAAAAUCAAGUCUGGAGUCUUUCUGUUGAAGGUCACAUUCAUCCUGAAUCAAACGCUAAUUUGGUUCUUAGCACUGCUGGUAACCAUGCUAAAGAAGGCGCCGAAUUGAAGCUUAUUAAGCGUGGUGACUCAAGUCUUGAUUAUCAGCAAUGGACUUUUGCUACUCCUGUAUUUAGCAAAUGCACUCAUACCAGUUAUGCCGCUCAACAAGCUAAUAAGGAUAGUCUUGUUUUAGAAAAAGUUGGUAACAGUUGCUCCGUCGAUGUAUCCAAGGCAGAAAAAUAUGAACGUGUCAACAAACGUGUCAUGAUUCGUCGUUGGGGUGUUUUCCCUGAUGGCUCAUUCUUUAUUCGUUGUGCUUAUGGCAAAAAGAAUUUGGCAUUGACAGUUGAACGUGAUGAAUCUUCAUCUUCGUUUAGAAUUGUCAUUCGCUCAUUGAAUUUCAAGGCUUAUAAGUGGCAACUUUGGACUUAUAAAGAUGGUUAUUUGGUCAAUGAACAAACUGGUCUGGUACUUGAUGCUCAAGCUUCCGAAGAUAUUGCCAUUGAAGGUGAGCAACCUCAAGUCUAUCUCAAAGAAAAGGCAUCCAACGAGGGUCAAUUCUGGGACCUUGGUGUGGAUGGCGAGAUUCACUUGAGAUCAAAUGAAAGAUUAGCUAUUGGUGUUGCAAAUGCUGAGGAUGCAUCUGUAGAAGGUGCUCGGGUACGUAUUAAAAAAAUAAAAAUUGUGCACACUAAUGUAGGGGACAAGGAAGUUACUUCCUUGAAAUCUGAUCAAUGGUUGCGCUGGUCGUUUACCAAGCCUGUAUUCGGCAAGCGUACGAUUGCUACUACUACUACUACUACUGAAGGUGAAUCUGCUCUGGAAGUUGAAAAGGUGGAAGAACAAGCUGUUGUUGUGAAAGAAAAAGAUGAAGAAAUCAAUGACGAUGACGACGAAGAUGAAGAAGAGGAAGAAGAAAAUUCUAUUGAACAAGAGAAUGAAGAAGGCGAAGAGAGUGAAUACGAAAUUCAGACACCUGUCCAAACACCUUCAUCUUCUACUAGUACAGUUGGAUCUGUUUCUGGAGUUGCUGUCGUUGCUGCAGGAACUGCUAUAAAUGUAGCUGCAGGCACUUCUGUCAAUAUCGUCUCUAGUUCCCCUACCACUCAAGAAGAUUCUACUGUUGCAACCGUCACUGCUCUUGAAUCUCCUAAAUCUGAAAUGAUUGCUACUGUUGAGACUCCUGCUCAAGCUAGUUCAACCGUUAGUAACACACCUACAAGUCCUAUCAUUAGCCCUAAAAUUUCACCCAAGAAAUCUAACUCCUCAAAAUCUCAACGCUUACACCGUAAGGACUCUUUCCAAUUGGAAGAAAACUAUAUUCCUACUGGUUUCGAGAAGGUUGUUCGUUAUAAGACUCAUCAUGGUGACUUCCCUGAAGGCUAUUUCUUUAUCAAGAGCUCUUUGCAUGGUUUUGUCUUGGAUAUUAUCGGUGAUGUUAAGGAGGGCUCUCCUGUAGCUUUGACAAGAAUGAGAGCCAGUGACUAUGCCAGCCAAUUGUGGUCUUACCAAGACGGAUUCUUAGUCAACCUUAAAGGACAAAACUUGGUGCUUGAUGCUGCUAAGGCUGCUCUCGUAGCUGGUGAACGUAUCCAUCUCUCUUCCCGUAGUCCUCCUACCGAAGGUGCUGAAGACCAAACAUGGGAACAUAGUCCUGAAGGCUUUAUUCAUCUCAAGACUAGGAUUUCAUUUGUUUUAUCUCUUAAGGAAACUAAACGUUCUGAUAAGUACUCUCAAAUUGAUGUCUUUGUCCAAGAAGCCAAGAGUCUUGUUAAAAAAUUGGCUCGUCCUGAACAACAUUGGGAAGUCUUGAUUCCUGCUUUAAUCCCUGUCAGCCAAGGUGAAUCUGGUGUCAAGAUUAUUGAAUCUGGAAAGGUUGAAAAGGUCACAAGUUCUGCUUCUGCUAUCAUUUCUUAUAAGUGGCUUAAGGAAACUUAUUGUCACAAGGUUACUGCCCAAAAUCAAUGGCCUGAGACAGAAGGUUGGUUUUUUAUCCGUUUUGGUACUGACAAGCACUUCCUUGCUUCUGGUGAGACUGCUCAGAGCCAAGUUGGUCUCUAUGAAAUCUCUGAAAAUUUAGACUACAGAAGAUUCUUGUGGACUUUUAUUGACGGCUAUUUAAUCAACUACAAGUACUUGCUUCGUCUUGUUUUGAGUUCAUCCCACAGAUGGAUUUUGUCUAACUCUCACAGUACUUUAAAUCAAAAGUUCUACAUUUCUGCUAAUGGGUCUAUUUCUGUCCGUAUUGCCAAAAUUAUUUACUACAUUCGCUUUAUUCGCACCAAGUCUGGAUCUUACAUUUUGGAUGUUACAUCUGAUAGUGAAUGUAAAGAAGCUCAAGGAUUGGAGUUCCAUAUUCCUGUUAUUUCUGAUGUAGAAUACCAAAAGAAGGCCGUUACAGCAUUCUCCUCUGCUACUACUUGGAUUCGCAAACAAAAAACUGAUUGGGCUGCUUUGCAUGCUGUCACUUCACGUAGAGGCGUAUUCCCUGCCUCUACUUGGUUCUUUAUGAAGGUCGUUUACAGAGGCUCUGAUGACUUGGUUCUUUCAGUUCAAGAAGGUAGCUCAGAACUUGUCUUGAAAAAGUUGGACUUCAAGACUUUCAAGGAACAAUUGUGGACAUUCAAUGAUGGCUUGUUAAUCAACUAUGGUAGCAAAUAUGUCAUUGAUGUCGAAGGUAAAGUCUCCGUCUCAUCCAAGAUUGUUCAUAAGGCCGAGGCUGGUGUAAGCACCCAAAAGUGGUUCUUGACAGCUGAUGGACGUGUAGAGCUUGAAAGCCAUGACUUCUAUACUCUUGGUGCCCACAAGUUAGAGCAAGGUGCUAAAGUGUUGUUGAGUUCUUCGAGAACAUCUAGUUCUGUCAAAUCUCUUCAAUGGAAGUUCUCUACUCCUGUCUUUGGAAAGAAGACUACCUCCACUUCUACAACUAUGCCACCAUUCUCUUCUGAACUUGACAUCACUCAAGCUGUUGAACAGGGUGCUGUCAUCUCUGGUAUUGAAGAAGUCUCUUCUCCUGCUAGCACUCAAUUAAGAGUUGCCCCUACUGCUAAGCAUUACUAUGUCAUCUAUCGCGAGACUCGCUUAAUUAUCAGCUGGUGGAGAAUUAUCUUUAUUCGUAGACUCUCUAACUGUCGCACUCAGAAGGAGUACCUUGAAGCUAUUGAAGAAUACCGUAGAAUUCUAUAUGGUCGUUUCGCUCAAUACAUUGAAGCCAAUGGAUCUUCUGUCAGCAAAGAUGAGCUUUUGGCUUUAGAAAACACAAUUCAAGAAACUAAGGACACUUUAGAAAUGCAGGUAUUCUCCAAGACCAUUGACCAUUUGAAUACGCUGAAGUCCGAUGACAUUGUUGACACCAAGAAGUUUGAUGUGUCUACUGUAGUCACUGAAUCUUGUCAAAAACUUGACAAGAAGUACGAAAAUAUUGUAAACAAUGACGAUAAGAUUACCUCAACUACAAUAGAUACAUCCAAAUCUACUGAUGAGAACCAAUCUGAAGCUGAAACUACAAACAAUUUACUUGUUACUGUUGAUACUGUUCACAUCACAAUUCGUUACUGGUUUAGAACAUUAUACAUUCGUAUCUCUGAAGCUUCCAAGAAUGGUGCUAAGAAGGAUGAAAUUGAAGAAUUGGUCAAGGACUCACACCGUGAACUCGAGACUAAGCUUAACAAGCUCAAAGAGUCCACCAGUACUACCUUAGCCAAGACUACCUCUAUCGAUCAAGAGUCCAAGAAACAAUUUGAACAAUCUAUUAUCGAUAUUAUUGAUUAUUCCAAGUUGGAAAUUGGUCAAUUCGUCUCUAAUGUUGAUGUGACAACUUUAGCAACUGAUGACAAUUGGAGAAAGACUACUGCUAUCAUCAAUGACAAUCUUUCUUUGAAGGCCCAAGAAACUAAGAACGUUGUUCAAGAAUAUAACUUACCUGUUCAAAACAAGGUAGAGGCACCCAAGGCUGACGAAAGUGAAAUUGAAAAUUCAAAAAUUGAGGUUGUUACUUCUUUGGCCGAGUCCAAGGCCUACAUUACUACUUGGUACAGCAACAUUUCAAAAGAUAUCACUUGGGCACUUUCUCAACCCAACACAGAUGCUAAGAAAGACACACUUACUCUUGUUGAUGCCGCUGAGCUUGAUAUUAUGACCAUGUUUGAUGAAACAGUAGCAGCCCUUUCUAUUUUGUCAGGUAGUCUUACAUAUCUCACUUGGUCUGAACGUCGUCGUUUAAUUACAUACUACAUCAACAUGAAGACAACUAUUUUGGCAAACCUCAAGAACUUCAAAACUUCAAUCAAUGAUGCUGAUAAGGAUGAUAUCGUCAAAUUCUGUAAAGAUGCUUUUGGUGAAGAAGAACAAUCUGAUGUCUUGAAGCACAUUGAUUAUAUCUUGGAAACCGCACAAAUUACAACUACAACUAAACCUGUAAUCGAUGCAGUUGUGAAAGAUACCGAAAAAAUUACAGUUGGAGCCAUUGUGACAGAAAAAGAGACCUUGAUUAAGGACAAUGAUCUCACUCGUAGAGAAAAGACUUCUGAAGUCGAUGUGGCUACCCAUGGCUCACAAACCGUCAAUGUCGGUGUUGUUGCAGGAAGUGUUGUCAGUGGUCACAAACAGAACGUAAAAGACUCCAAGAAAACAACUGAUAUUGACAGACACACUGCAAGCAUUGAAAUAGCUCAGAAACCUGAAGCAAGCAGACAAGGUGGCUAUUACAACAAGUGA